AUGGGGCCUCUCCACCUGUUUCUCCUGCUGCUGAUCACAGAGUCAUCCCAAGCCCUCAACACAACGGUGCUGCAGGGUGUGGCUGGCCAGUCCCUGCGGGUAUCAUGUACUUAUGACUCCUUGAAGUACUGGGGAAGAAGAAAGGCCUGGUGUCGCCAGCUGGCUGAGGAGGGCCCAUGCCAGCGCGUGGUGAGCACACACAAUGUGUGGCUGUUGGCCUUCCUGAGGAAACGGAAUGGGAGCACGGUCAUCACGGAUGACACCCUGGCUGGAACCCUCACCAUCACUCUUCGAAACCUCCAAUCCAGUGAUGCAGGCCUCUACCAGUGUCAGAGCCUCCGAGGCCAAGAGGCUGAUGUCCUCCAGAAGUUCCUGGUGGAGGUGCUGGCAGACCCUCUAGAUGAACAAGAUGCUGAAGACCUAUGGGUCCCUGGGGAAUUGGAGAGUUUUGAGGGUGUCCAAGUGGAACACAGCACCUCCAGGAGCCAAUCAGGAGAGACCUCCUUCCCACCCACUUCCAUUAUCCUCCUGGCCUGUGUCCUCUUCAGCAAGCUUCUUACAGCCAGCAUCCUUUGUGCUGUGGCCAGGGGCAGGCAGAAGCUGGGGUCACCUGUGGACAGUGGGCUGGACUGUGGUCACAAUGCUGGGCACCAACUUCAGAUCCUGACUGAGCUGUGCUUCCAUCUGCAACUUCCCCUUUGGAGGAAUGACAAAGACUGA